AAGCUCCUUGGCCGCCUUCAGAGCUCAGUGUUCGGACAAGAAGGAGGGGGUGCCGCCGCUAAUUGCCAUCCAGUCGCUCCUGUGAGAUUCCAAUCCUGCUAAAGAGGCUUAGCUCCCGGGGGGGACAGGCAGCGAGGCUGACCGAAAGCGGGACACUUGUUUCGGCUGCUGGAAUGUUGAGUGGCUGGCUGCUAGCUUGUUGAUUGCGGUGCUUGGGUUCAGGUGGAGAUAUGUUCAGUGAGUGCUGUUUGUUGAGUGACAACACUGAGAACUUACCGUUAAUCAGUCGUUUUUAUUUUUUUUAACCUCCAUUAUGUGUUUUAACAACAUCCCGCAACUGAGGCUCGGUUGAACCAGCUCUCCUUCACUGCCGUUUUAACCAUCCUCCACACUUUGCCAUGGCCAAGAACCAGUCCGAGGCUCCGGGCGACGACCUGAGCCAGCUGACCGACGACGAGCUGCUUCGCCACGGCAAGGAGGAGCUCCUCCGGAGGCUUCGCCAGGUCGACGGGGAGAAGAUGAACCUGAUGAUCGAGCACGGCAACAUGAUGAAGGACAUCAACCGGCGGCUGCAGGUGCACCUCCAUGAGAUCCGCAGCCUGAAGGAGGUCAACCAAAAGCUGCAGGACGACAACCAUGAGCUCCGCGAGCUCUGCUGCUUCCUGGACGACGACCGGCAGAAGGGCAAGAAGCUGUCCCGCGAGUGGCAGCGCUUCGGCCGUUACACGGCCAGCGCCAUGUGGAAGGAGGUCGGCGCCUAUAUGAUGAAGCUGAAGGAGCUGGAGGCCAACCAGGAGAGCGUACUGAAGGAGAACACCGAGCUGAAGGAGAUCAUCCUCAUGCUGGAUGAGGAGAGGAACGGGGCCGGGUCCAGGAGCUCCAUAGACAGCCAGUCCAGCCUCAGCAACUUGAACGGGGGCACAGGCACGGUCAGGGACGUCGGGGAUGGGAGUAGCACGUCCAGCGCCGGCAGUGCUGGAAGUCCGGACCACCACAACCAUAUGCACAAGCCCGCCUCGGAGGGCACCAAGUUGGGGGCCCCCAUGAGGAGGUCCAUGGACGACGUGUCGGUGCCCCACCAUCACAGGAGCAUCCCCAAUGGCCUCAAUGAUUCCUCCUCCAACUACAUCAGACAGCUGGAGACGAAAGUGCGAAUCCUUGAGGACGACAACAGCAAGCUUCUGUCACAGGCUCAUAGCCGCUACAGUUUGUCACAGAUACACAUGAAGAAGUGUAACCCAGGUGACCUGCGAGCCCUGAGGAAAGGAAUGAGCCUUUAUCACUCUGAAUCUCAGCUGUCCUCCUUGCCACAACGCCAGGACGCCAUGCACUUGGGUACGGGCCGUCUUCCAAACAGCGAAUCCUCCCCGGCCACAGGAUACUUGUCAUGCGUCCAGAAGCCCGAGGCCGUGGUGCACGCCAUGAAGGUUCUGGAGGUCCAUGAGAACUUGGACAAGCAGGUUCCGGAAGACUACGAGGACGACCUGAGCGAGAAGGAGAAGGCCAUCGUGCGGGAAAUGUGCAACGUGGUGUGGAGGAAGCUGGGUGACGCCGCAGGUUCCAAACUGUCCAUCAGGCAGCACCUGUCAGGAAACCAGUUCAAGGGUCCGCUGUAGCGCGACAACGCCCACUCGACUGGAUCGCCAUAGCAACCCGGUUCCCUCUGCCACACACUAGGACGGGCCACGUUAGCGACGACACGGAUCUCCCGGUCCGACCCUCACCUGUGUUUUCAUCUCUGCCAGCGUCUGACAAUUUGGCAGCGAAGCUGACUCGCCACAAAAGACGUUUCUGCCACUAAAACAAAGCGUGUUGCGCUACUAAGCUAGCAACUUGGUUCUAAGCACAGAGCUUCCCAGACCUGAGUUGGGCUUGUUUGGUAUUACGUUGUGUAGCGCCCCCUAGCUCUUGUCAUGUUUGUCACCCCUCCAAUGGACUUCCAACUAGCAUUAGCGUACAAAUGUGGACUAGUGCAAACCCACUGUGACCUUGUGACCUAGCACCUCUAGAUCACUGUGUGUAUAUGAUGUACAAAAACUAGAGCACCACUUUUUCUUUUGAUCCGUUUUCUAUUUUAGCGUGGCCAUGUGAUCAAGACUUUAGUCUGCAAAAGGCAAACACCCAUGAUAUUUUUUUAUCUGUUUUAGUAUUUUUUUCUCCAUUGGAAAUCAUCCUUUUUAAUGUUGAAACAACCAACUUGAUGCUGUGUGCAUGCUAGACAAUCAUGUUCUCAGGUUGGGAGAUGACAGCUUUAGUGUUCCACCACAAAAGUAGAACUAGAACUUGUCCGUGUGGUUACUCUGCAUGUUUUUUAUAAAGUUUGGUUCCUUAUGGACCUUAGCUGCCCUAC